AUGACUGAAUAUUCUAAGCCUGCUGCAAAAAUUGCAAAAUUGGAUGUCAAACAAAACCUGAAACCAGUUCACCGGACACGGCCAGUAAAUCCACCUAAGAAGCCGAACGAAUUACCACUGGAAAAUCGCGCUUCUCGACUUAAAGCUGAAUAUUUAGCAAAGAAACGAGCUGAACAAGGUUUUGUGUGGAAAGAAAUUAACUCGAAGAAGCGUGAAAUGCAUCGACAAAUGCGUUACAGGCAUGAAUACUGGUCACCUUAUAGCAAUGAAAUACAAUGGCUUAAUAACACUGAAUUACAGGAUGAAUAUAUGGAAAGACUCAAUGUAUAUAAUCGAAUAACCGACUUCUUUUAUCGCAAACGGAGACAAAUUUUUGAUCAAGCACGGUAUGCGGAAGCGAUGCGAAUCAGAAGAGCGAUUAACGUAGGAACACCUCUUGGGAUGUUCCAAGUGCUCCCACGAGAAUUGCUUUAUAAUUUAUUUGAUCGUAUACCUGUUAAAUUUUUGCUGCCUGUUAGUUUGACGUCGAAUACCUUCAACAGCGAAGUUCGGCGCUAUUUGUUACUAGAAAGUGCGCAUCAAAAAUUUUUGGUUGAAACCGCUACAUGCGUGGAGGGAGGCAUUUUUGAUGUCGACCCGUUUUAUUCAUGGGGUAUGUUGUUGAAGGCGAGCACAAUUGUUAUGAAUUCUCGGAAGCGCCGUUCUUUCUUAGCUUCUUUCUUCUCCAAGAAUGAAGAAAUAACAAAUUGGCCUGGAUGGGGUCGCUGCUUCAUGGCGUUUUGUGAAAAAUGGGAUUUUCACGAAUGUGAAGAGUUAAUGCAUGUGAUUCUACAUUUUACUGAAUUGAAUCAAUUCCUGCAUAAAAUUUUGUCUGAAAAAAUUGGAAAAUAUCCGUCACUGGAAAUGCAGGUUCGAGCACGUCUUCGAGCUUUGUUUUUGAGUCAUGCAGCAAAAGAUGGGAGAGAUUAUGGAUUCUGGAUUUCUGCCAUUUUACGUACACAGAAAACAGUGGAGCUUCAGGGAAAAUUAUUUAUGGUCAUGUUUGGACCAGUAAAGACAACUGAAAAUGAACAGAUUAUUGAUUGGGAAGUUUUAUGUGAUGGUAGUAUUAGUUUGCGACACAGGUAUAUGAAAUUGUUGGGUUCGAUAACACUUGGUUUUCAUCACUUGGCAAAUACUUCAAGCCUUAAGCGCUAUGCAUGGACUGAUUAUCAAAUUUUUACUCUAUUUGAACAAAUAUCAAAGAUUCCUAACACAUGGGCAUUGCACAACAUUGCUAUGUUGCUUAUUCUCCGUCCGAAAUUUAUUCACAAAACUUUAUUAAAGCUAUUGGCACAAGGAAGAACGAGUGAUGCAGCACAUCUUUUUCAUGCUCUUAAGACUGUCUUAUAUGAUUGGGGAAUUUUGGUCAGCGCAGCUAUGUCCGACGUAAUGCUCGAAACAUUUCGAGAUUUAUCGCCGAUCGAUCGUCGAUUGUUCUUGGGUUCAAUACUUAGAACAGAAUCAUAUCAGCUUUGUGAAUUACUUCUCAGCACACCGUUUGAUGCUGAGAGCUUCCAUGAUGAACUCUCUUGCGCACGCUCCAUAUCAGCGCUGAUGGAAUUACUGGCAAGGAAUAUAUGA